AUGCCAGCAGACGGACGACCAGAAAAAGCGCCAUUGUACGAGCCAAACAUCCAAGAGCCAAAAUUCAGGACUGAUCUUCUCAAAUAUUGGAUCAAGCUUUCGCUGGAUGAUAAGACGGCCAAUAAGAUGCUUUGGAUCACAAACGGUGGAUGUAAAGUGUCCCGCAUGACUGAUGAUCUCACUUGUCCAGUCCUGGAUAGGCCAGAGCGAUACGAGCAUGUCCCUCAGGUUCUUUGCAAAGAAGGAGUUUCUGGCUUCAGGGCGUACUGGGAAAUACAAUACACCGGAUGGGUUGUGGUUGGAGUUGCACAUGAAGGGGCAGCAAGGAGAGGGGUCGACGGACCCUCCGGACUUGGAGAGAACGACCAGUCCUGGGGACUUGGGUGGGGCGGCUCACACUAUCAGGUGUGGUUUAACGGCUCCAACAGUGAAAUAUGGGACGUCCCUCAGUACACAACUAUUGGAGUGUAUCUCGACCAUCCGGCGGGUUUGAUCAAUUUCUACGCUGUGAAAGACGUGGAAGGAGUUGACGGUGCUGACAACAGGAAGGAGGUGCACCUGCUGCAUCAGACCCGGAGCUCAUUUAAAGGGAAGAUGAUGCCAGGAUUCUGGGUCGGACAAAAGUCUUCAUGUGUGCUUCUGCAAGAACCAUGA